AGGGCUGGUGUCUUGUUGUGUUUCUAGUUGAUUCUUCCUCACAGCUCUCUGUUGCACCAGAAGAGACAGUAUGGCAUCUGCAGGACUUCAGAUCUUGGGCAUCAUUUUGGCAGUGAUUGGCUUUUCUGGGGACAUAAUUACCUGUGCUUUGCCAUUGUGGAAGGUGUCUGCUUUCAUUGGAAACAACAUCGUGACAGCACAAGUUUUCUGGGAGGGCCUCUGGAUGAACUGUGUAAUGCAGAGCACUGGCCAGAUGCAGUGCAAGGUCUACGAUUCCAUGCUCGCUCUUCCUCAAGACCUGCAGGCAGCCCGUGCUCUGGUUGUGAUCUCCAUCUUGGUCACCCUAAUGGGACUCCUGCUUGCCAUCGCAGGCGGAAAGUGCACCAACUGCAUUGAAGAGGAGACUGCAAAGAGUAAGGUGGCCAUUGCUGCGGGGGUGGUGUUCAUUGUUGGUGGCAUCCUGUGCUUCAUCCCUGUAUCCUGGUCUGCUAAUGAGGUCAUCAGGAACUUCUACAACCCAAUCAUGUCUGACGGACAGAGGAGAGAGCUUGGAGCAUCGCUAGACAGUAUGGCAUCUGCAGGACUUCAGAUCUUGGGCAUCAUUUUGGCAGUGAUUGGCUUUUCUGGGGACAUAAUUACCUGUGCUUUGCCAUUGUGGAAGGUGUCUGCUUUCAUUGGAAACAACAUCGUGACAGCACAAGUUUUCUGGGAGGGCCUCUGGAUGAACUGUGUAAUGCAGAGCACUGGCCAGAUGCAGUGCAAGGUCUACGAUUCCAUGCUCGCUCUUCCUCAAGACCUGCAGGCAGCCCGUGCUCUGGUUGUGAUCUCCAUCUUGGUCACCCUAAUGGGACUCCUGCUUGCCAUCGCAGGCGGAAAGUGCACCAACUGCAUUGAAGAGGAGACUGCAAAGAGUAAGGUGGCCAUUGCUGCGGGGGUGGUGUUCAUUGUUGGUGGCAUCCUGUGCUUCAUCCCUGUAUCCUGGUCUGCUAAUGAGGUCAUCAGGAACUUCUACAACCCAAUCAUGUCUGACGGACAGAGGAGAGAGCUUGGAGCAUCGCUGUUCAUUGGCUGGGCUUCAUCUGGACUCCUGAUCAUUGGAGGUGCACUCCUUUGUUGUCAGUGCAAGCAGCCUAAAGAUGGUGGAUACUCUGUCAAAUACUCUGCUCCACGCUCUGCAACAGGUGGUGGAGCAUAUGUUUAAAUGUCUGCAAGAGGUUGGAACGGCUGUAGACUGUCACCCUCAAGAGAAAUGGACUAGGCUGUUUUUAUGGACUAAAUAUUUAGGUGCUUUUACUUUUUGAUUUUAAUAAAACUCUUUUCACUAACUUG